CUCCGUGGUGGACAACAUGGCGGCCCCUGCUCUCUCCAGUCGGGCUGGCUCGGUGAGCAGCCUGGGCAGCAGCCCCACCGCCACCCCCAGCGCCUCGGCCGGCGGUAGAGCCCCGCACGGCUUCCCGGAGCUCGACUUCAGGUCCGGGGCCCGCAUGGAGGACCUGAACCGCCUCAUCCAGGAGUUCAGCAAGCACGACCAGCGGGAGUACGACGACCAGCGGGCCCUGGAGAUCCACACGGCCAAGGACUUCAUCUUCUCCAUGCUGGGUAUGGUUCAGAAGCUGGACCAGAAGCUGCCGGUGGCCAACGAGUACCUGUUGCUGUCAGGAGGCGUUCGGGAGGGCGUGGUCGACAUGGACCUGGAUGAGCUGAGUGUUUACGCCCGUGGGACCGACUACGACAUGGACUUCACCCUGCUGGUCCCGGCGCUGAAAUUGCACGACCGCAACCAGCCGGUGACCCUGGACAUGAGGCACUCAGCCUUGUGCCACUCCUGGCUCAGCCUGCGCCUCUUUGAUGAAGGAACUAUCAACAAGUGGAAGGACUGCUGCACCAUUGUCGACCACAUCAACGGAGCCACCAACUACUUCUUUUCGCCGACACUGGUGGCCGACUGGUUCUACCAGUCCAUUUCCCUGGUGCUCCUGGAGGUGCAGAAGAAGCCACAGAGAGGGAUGCCACGGGUGGAGAAGGUGGAGAGGAACGGCACCAUCAUCUCUGUAAUCCUGGGUGUAGGCAGCAGCCGCAUGCUGUAUGACAUUGUGCCUGUCGUUUCGUUCAAAGGCUGGCCCGCUGUGGCUCAGAGUUGGCUGAUGGAGAACCACUUCUGGGAUGGGAAGAUUACAGAGGAGGAGGUCAUCAGUGGGUUCUACCUUGUCCCCGCCUGCUCCUUCAAGGGCCGCAAGGAGAACGAGUGGCGGCUGUCAUUCGCCCGCAGCGAGGUACAGCUCAAGAAGUGCAUCUCGUCCAGUCUAAUGCAGGCCUACCAGGCCUGCAAAGCAAUUAUUAUCAAAUUACUGUCGCGCCCCAAGGCCAUCAGCCCCUACCACCUGCGCAGCAUGAUGCUGUGGGCCUGCGACCGCUUACCUGCCAACUACCUGGCCCAGGACGACUUCUCUGCCCACUUCCUGCUGGGGCUGAUCGACGACCUGCAGCACUGCCUUGUCAACAAGAUGUGUCCCAAUUACUUCAUCCCGCAGUGCAACAUGCUGGAGCACCUGUCAGACGAGACGGCCAUGCUCCACGCCCGCAAACUCUCCUCCGUGCGCUCUGACCCGGCCGAGCACCUGCGCACCACCAUCGAGCACGCCAAAGCGGCCAACAGGCUGACCAUGGAACUGCAGUGGCGAGGCAGCGCCAACAACCUGCCGUCGCCGCAGUCCGAUGCCGGUGGAGAGAACCAGCCUGAUGACCGGCUGGCCAAGAAGCUGCAGCAGCUUGUCACCGAGAACCCUGGAAAAUCCAUCUCGGUCUUCAUCAACCCGGACGACGUCACACGGCCACACUUUCGCAUCGAUGACAAGUUCUUCUGAGACUGGAAUCGUUCUCCCUACCUACCUUCCACCUCUUUCUCUUCCUGUCCUUCCUCCUCUUUGAACCCUCCUCUUUUUAAUCUUUGGAAUUGUUCUUUAUUUUUUUAUUUUUUAUGUUUCUUUGCCACAGAGUGAAGUCAGGUGACCGUCUAGUUGUGUCUGCCACUUGGUUAUUUUUAUAUUUCCCUUCUUUCCUCCCUUCAUUCCUGCCUUCUUUCCUUACUUCCUCACUGCGUGCCCUGUGUUUUUUACCUGCUGAAUGCCUUUUUACUAGACAGCAGAUUAGUGACAGGCUCUGCUUUUAAAGUGAAGGUGAAGGCGAAAAUCCCCCUUGAAAUGGAAUUCAUGUUAUUCCCUUUCACCAGGCUGGAACAUUACCACUAAAUACCAGCCAAACACUUUGUGGCAUUUUAGUUUAUCUAAAGUUAAGGUACCAUAGCAAGUAAGCAGCCAUCGCUUGGAUUCCUGUUCAAAACAUCAUGUUAGCUGAUAAAAUGAUGAGGGGGUGAUUGGUUUGGGUCAAAAUAGUGUAGCGCUGAUUCAGAUUUUCCAUUUAGCAUUUGUAAGUAUACAGAAUCCAACAAACAUUUAUGCUAUUAAAUAGCCAGAUUUAAUCUGACUGUCAGGGAUCAACAACUUCCAAUCCAACAACUUGUGAAAAAAUCUGACUCUUUUCACAGCAUUUUGUUUAGCUGAUCCAGUUUACAUCAAGCUAGUACCAUUGAAGAAAUAAAGACUCCAUAAAGACUCCUGUAACAUGUUUAUAAUCAGAAGUGCCAGGUGAACAUAGCCAAAAGAAGACCUGGGACAUUCAAUUCAAUAAAUUCAUCAAAUUCAAUAAAAGACCGAAAUGUUUCAAUAGAGAUGGUAAAGAAUUUAGAGCAGAAAUUAUGUUACACAUCAUUGAAAAGAGUCACAGAACCUGAUCAGCAGCAAUUUACAGGACUUGGAGGUGGGGAUGCCAGUUGGUAUCAAUUAUUGAAACACGGGAAUAACAAUGAGUAAAUUCUGUUUCAGGGUGGAUUGUCCCUUUUGAGGAAUGUCUUAGUCCCUUUAGGGGAGGUUGAUGGUACUAAUACCCUAGAACUAACUGUAAAUAGAUGAAGAAAUGACUGAAGGGAAGUGUGAAACACAGACUAAUCGAUAGCUUAACAGAGAGAGUGACGGGUAUGUGGACUACUUUAGUCUUAUUUUGCACAGAAUGUAAAAACACUCGUUUUUUUUCUUGAUCAUUGAUGUUGUGUUUGUCUGAGGUGGAUUCUGAAGUGAUGUAUCAUAUCUAUAGAGGUGGAAUAUUGGUAGCUCUUUACUUACAAGUGGCCAUAUUAGUGUUUUGAAUGGGAAUUAACCAGUGGAAAGGUAUUUAGUAGACAAUAAUAUUGUGUAAGAACAUAAAUCUCCCUACAUAAUGUACUUACCAGACAAAGCGAAAGCCACUUUUGCAUGUGCAGCUUUACCUGGAGAUAUUCUGGAUGCUUUCCAUGUCACGGUCAUCAGGCAGUUGAUGAUCAAGAAAAGUUCAUCCGUUCAUUCUUGAAUUUCCCCGUAGGAGGAUCUAUUAAGGUAAAUAUACCUUAAUGAUCGAACCAAGAGACUCGGGUAUCUUAUAUCCUUCCACAACUUUUCCAUUGUUUUAAAUUUAGGCUAAAUUGCUGGAUUAUGACCAUUUAAAAGUAAAGGGCUACACAGUAUUCCCCUAGACCUGAUAUCACUGGUGUCUUUUUCCACUUUUUCCUACCACUUUUCCUCCAUUUUUUUUGUUUGUUUUAUCGAAAGUGAACACACUUGAAUAAGCUUAACUGUAUUUUAAUGACCUAAUGUGUUUUCUAACCUGUUUGAUAUUUUCUGUGCAGCUCGUUUAUUUGUUUUUAGGUGUCAAGGAUCAAAUUCUCCCUCAAUUCAACCAACUCAGGAAGUGGAUUUUCUUUCAGAACAUGGGGAAAAAAGAAGAACAUGAGUAUUUGAUAGGAAAAGUUUGUCUUAUCCAGCCUGUUAGACAACGGCACGUUUCAUACAAGCAGUCUCAUUGGUCAAAACUUACGAUGACAGAUUCAGUUCCGGCACUGAUGGUGUGCUAAAUGUUGAGGUAACCAGGGAACUCAAUGAGCUUUCUUGCAUUCUGCUGUCUUUUUAUUGCGUCUGUUUUGAAGCCUCUUGGUGAUGCUCGUUGCUGACAAGCCUCUGCUGCACCUCGCUGUACGCAGAACUGCAGUGGAGGGUUUCUCACAUAUUGUGGCUAUGCUGAAGAGUAAGUGGAAGGGACUUUUUUGCCUCUGUGUCUAGCCUGAGCUGGUUGGAUUGAAGGUGAUUUGGCUCUAGUCUUGUUUUGUAUUGUGAUCAGUCCCAGACAUUUCCAGAAAAAUGCCAAAAAAAACCUUGCAGAAAUCUGACCGGCAAUGUGAUCUCCACAUCUUCAUCCUCAAGUGCAAUUAGUGGAAGUACUACACAUACUGCACACACACGGACAUGCACAUACACACUAAUGUUUCCCCUGAGCUGAUGGUAUUUAAGCCAUGGGGCAUUCCACAAAAUUCCACAUUUAAAUAAGUUCUAACGAGACAAACUAUACAGACCAUGGGAAACAAAAACUCUCCAAUGGAAUCAAUAUUAAGGAAAUUAACAGCAUUUAGGCCAUAAGACACUAAAACUCUAUUUGAUUUAACACUAAUUCAGCUGUUUUUGCUGGAACUUCAAUAUUCAGUAGUAUGUGACACACACACACACACACACACACAGGUUUUGACACCACUAUCACAUCAUACAAAGUGCCACACACAUGAUCUUGCUAGGUGGAAAUGUAAUCAAUGUGUUGUUCUUCUGAACUCUAUGAACUUUGACCUUCUCUUUGUUCUCUAUGUUCUGAACCUUUGAACUGUGACUCUUACUUUUCCUUUUGAUCCUGCUGCUCUACUUUAUCAAACCGUUUGAUCGAUUUCGUUAUGCACCAUUGACUUGGUUUGGCCCUUUCAGGUGGCAGCUCCUCUCUGUCUGUAGCUACGUAGGAAACUUUGGAACAGUCUUAACUUGGAAAGGCGGGCUCAUGUCCUGUAAGCAGAAGGUCUCAGGUUUGAUUGCAUGUUGUCCGUCCUGCUGCAGUGUCCUUGAGCAAGUGACUGUAGAAUGUCAGUGUCAGUAUGUCAGUGUAGUCACUGGUGGGUAAUCUUCACAGGAAUACCCCAAGAGGAACUUGUCCACCAAACACAGGAACCCUUUUGAAGACCUAGUCCACUGGUUCCUGCAGUGGAAACAGGGCUAACAGAUCCUGGGCCUCUUUGAAGGCCUCUUUAAGAGCCUCUUUUCGCCUUGGGAGUUUAGUUCCUAACCCCAAAACACUCCUGCGAUCAAGGCAGUACCCUUGGAAUUCCUGGGGGGUGAAUAUCCCAAAGCGGUGCAACAGCAUCACCAACACCUUUUUUAAAUUUUUGUUUUGUAUAUAUAUAUAUAUAUAUAUAUAUACCAGGAUAGAGCAAUGACACAAACUACAGCUCUGUUAUGUGAAGACCCACCCAUUUCCAUGGCUUCUUGAAACCAGCUUAUUCAGGAAGGCCAGUGGCCUCUUUGUCGGCCCAUGACCGUGGGUGCUUGAGCACCUGUCCCACAGGGUUUCAUAAUGGACACAUUAGGUAAAUACAGCAUUGUUUGUGUGAAGCCAUGCCCUCUUGAAAAUGACUGGCCUGAAAACUUGACCCCUUCUUUGCUGGCCCGUGACCAACCUUCACGUCAAGCUUUAUGCAAAUUUGUCCAGAACUUUUUGAGUUAUGCUGCUGGUAGAUGGGCAGACAGGGGUGAUUACAUGGCCCCUGCUGGAGGUUUCACCUCUUUGGUGGAGGGAAUUAUAAAAACUUCACCCCAGCAGGAGAUUAUUUUGCUAGUAAUUAAGGGAAAACUUCAUGUUUGACUCCGUUUCUGACUACACACCAUUUCACAGUUGCGAGUAGUUUUGUCUUUUCAGCUCCUGCUUUUCUGACUCUGAGUUAGUCUCAUUUUCUACUUCCACCUCUCUUCUUCAACCAAACGCAGCAUCACAGCAGUAAAUAAUCAUGAACAUAACGACAGCUUUGACAUCUCUCCAUGUUUACUGUUCGGCUGUUAUCAGUCACACCGAAUGACCUAAUUUGCGCAGUUCUCAGCUCUUAGGGUGCGCUGGUAACGUAAACACACAAGCAUUGGGACUUGCUUCACCCCUGGAUUUCUGGGUGAUAAAGUUGUUAAAAUACAUGAAAUUAGCAUCAUGCGAAGCGGCCUAGUACAGCUGUCAGCUAGUUAUCAGUUCCUCAGCUCAGUGUAUUACCAGGCCCACCAGUCUGAUCAGUCAGUCUUCAAAUCAACGUGCAGUUUUCUGAAUAUACUGUGCUUUCAAACAGAGAUGCUGCCACCUGAAGGGCUGCAGUUUGUUGGAGGUUGAUGACUUUAUUUUCCAUCUAUGUGUAACUACUGUUGUAAAUAGCACUGGUUAUGUAACAUGAGAUCCUGCCUGAUAAUCCUUUCCAGGUCUUGGUCCUGUUCACUUUCAAUUCACUUAUUUCAGGAAGUUUUUCUUCCUAAAUCACGUUACAAAAAGCUUGAUCCUGCUUGUUCUACACAUCAGUUCAAUGGUAAUUGUCGAGGAACGCUCUGUCACUGGCAGAUGAGUUAUGAUGGACAGUCUCUGCCCGUUGAAAUCACUUGUAAGUGAAUUAAUCCUGGCCCCGCCUGUUUGUUCCUAUGCCAACCAGUCGGUCUGGCCCUGUCCCUUUUGGCUCGAGCCAAUGGCUGGCCUCCAUGUCAGACAAAACCCUUUGAACGAAUCCUAUCAUGGACCAAUCAGAGUGGCCCAAUCUUGUGACUUCAGUGUCUGCAGGGAUCAAACCAUGUUUCCUUUUAUGUCCUGGGGGCGGGGCCAUGUACUUGUAAUGACACGCGUUCAGGUCUAGCUCAUGGCCAGAGUUGCAUGUGUAUUGGUUUCCCCUGUCCUCUUUCUCCACUGAACACGGAUGAUUAGAGAGGAAUUCAACUUGACGGAACGGAAAACUAAACUUGAUCUUAUCAACACAGCAGAGAUGGAAGGACAUGCUGCUGUGAAUGAGGUGCAAAGACUUAAAACACAGUAGACAUUCCAUUAAAAAAACAUAUUUUGAAGUUUUACCUUUAUUACCUUCAUCAGUGGACAGUGGAGAAAAAGUGGGUAAAUGCAACAAAGUGCAUGAUUUGGACCCUCAGUUUUACAGGUAUGGGCUGUGAACCAUGGCCUGCUGAGUCACCCCAUAAUAUUUACUAAGGGAUGUGUUCUUAACAGAUUUUUUCAAUGUUGUCUUUUAUCAUGGUUCUUUGUCAGCAUUGGUCUCAACUUCAGUGACAGUAAAGUUAGUUUAAAAGCGGCCUCAUGGGUCUGUCCAGGUCAGGAAAUGAAAUGCGUCCUCUCACUGCCUUAGCACCCGGUCUGACCAGUCACUUUGCUGCAGCGGCCCAAGGAAUGUGUUGCUGUGUGUUUGCUCAGAUUUUUCUGAUUUCACACACUGAUCACUGUUAUCAGGUUAACACUUCACCUCCGGUUCCAUUCCCUUUUUAUCUUUGGAUGUGAAAUUUUAAUGACAUGGUUGUUUUUCCCUCCCAGUGACUGCUUGUUCACACUGUGAGCGACAUGGUUGACAGGUCGCUUUGACGUCAUUCUGCAAGCUUUGUUUUUGAGGUGUUUAUUCCCGCCCUAUUUAAAAUACGAGCACAGCCAGGCCAGUGCUUGCUGGACUUCAUCCAGAGAAAUAUUGUCACCACUAGGGGGCGCCAGAAAGUUGCUUCAACACUCUGGAUUAGGUACGAUGGCGACUAUAGAUUUGCGAUCGUCAUGCACCUGCCACGUCUGUAGAGAUUUUCAUGGAAACCUGCUGAGGCUGUAAUUUUUGACAGAUUCUCUCAAUAUUUGCAAUAGGCACAAGCUGCUCUUUGCCCACAACCCUUUUUGAUUUCCAUUGCCAUGGCAACAGUUCAGGAAAGUUCUGUUCAGGCACCAGCACUGCCUGAAGACUAAAACCCCACAGAGACAUUGCUUGGGAAUGCUCCAGAGGUCACAGUUUUGUUUUGUUUUUUUUUUUUGGUGAAAUGUCCCACUUGUAACCUU